CGUUACUGACGUUUGUGCAAAGAUACUCAAGAUUUCCUCGUGGCCCGUGGCCUGGAUCCAAGACGCUGCGCAAACGCAGUGCGCGAGAUCACACCGCGACGCGCACACGCGCGCUCCGACCGCCAUCUUUACAACGCAUUUUUAAAUCUUCAAUAUUUAUUGUAGUUCAAAAUAAAAUUAAAGUGAAAAUUGUUUGAAAAGUGAAACCAAUAUGGCGUCUUUACUUCUUGUGUUUGUUGCGUUUGGAUUCAUUUCACAGAUUGACUGCAGCAGCCAGUAUGAUAACUACACACUCAUACGCCUGCACCCAACUUCAGAGGAACAUCAGAAAUCCGUGACGCAGUUUAAUGAUCCUACGGGAGAAAUCGAAAUUAUGAAGGAGAGUCGCGGGGUCAAUGACACGCUGGACAUAUUGGUACCACCAAGCAGAAUGAAAUUUGUGCAUGAGUACGCAAAUACUAACGGACUAGUGUUAGAAGAAAAACAACCGAACUAUGGCAGGACUUUAGAAGACGUGCCAGAUAGACUUCCAAGGAGAAGAAUUCUGGAGCGUUUUGGCAUAUUUAAUUACAAUUCAUACGAUAAAAUGCAAGAGUUCAUUGAAGCCAAGGCACAGAAAUAUGGUGCCCUGGUGCAGCUGCAGGACCUUGGCAAGAGUUUCCAGGGUCGCAAGAUGAGGCUCGUCAAGAUAUCAACCAAACCAAGUGCUAACAAUCCUAUCAUAUUUGUCGAUGCAGGUGUUCAUGGCAGAGAAUGGGUAGCACCAGCAAUGGCACUAUAUUUGAUUGAUCGUCUGACUAUCGACCCUAGGGCCUUCCAGAGAGGUGGUGAGCUGGAUGGUGUCGACUGGUACAUCCUACCCCUGGUCAAUCCUGAUGGUUACGAAUACACCAGAUCCAGCAGAAGUAAUCGCAUGUGGAGGAAAACAAGAUCAAAACAUGGCUCCAGCCAUUGUUACGGCGUUGACGGCAACCGGAACUACGGCUUCAAGUGGGCAGUAAGUGGAGUAUCCAGCGACCCUUGCCACAAAGAGACAUACGCUGGUCCUCAGCCUUUCUCGGAACCCGAGACGCAAAUGGUCAGAAAUGUUAUGAUGGACAACGCAAAGCGGAUGAAGUUGUACGUAUCACUACAUUCUUACGGUCAAUACUUGGUCUACCCAUGGGGAUAUACAGGAGAAUAUUUGCCUAAACAAUGGAAGAAACUGGAUAAUAUGGCAAAAUCAGUAUCGGACGCUGUAGAGCGAGCUGGAGGACAACCAUUUAAAGUCCUCAGUGCUGGUAAAUGGUACCCUGCAGCCGGCGGGAGCGAUGACUUUGCCUUUGGAGCUGCGGGAGUCCCAUAUUCCUAUACCAUGGAGUUGACUGAAGGACAUGAAUUCGCAUUCCCUGAAAACCUUUUAGAAACAGUAUUACCCCAGUUCUAUGAGGGAUUCAAAGAGUUUGGUGCUCGAAUCAGGGCUGAAUUUGGUAACCAAAGGAAAAAGAGAGAGAUCUUGGAUACACAGUGACUUGUUGAAGACUGACAUCAUGAAAUAGAGUACGAUUAUAGUAAAUAAGAAUAAAAAUUUAA